CAACAGUCUAUAGAACACUCAUACAAGUUAACCCAUCUACCAGCAAGCCAAACCACCCAAACACUCACCAUAAACCUCACAAACAAGCACCCGAUAAUAACUUUUGAUAUAAACACCUCCAACAUGACAGAACGCGACCAACCCCUCAACCAAGAACACCCCCAAACAGAACUCCUGGCCAUUCUUCCUCCCCCCAACUUAAUAAAACCCAAGGCAUCCAUCCUUCCUAUGCUCCAGUCUGAUAUCUUCGUCCCGAGACGCGAGGCAAUCUGUACACAGUGUUUGCGGAAUAUGGAUUCAGAGGACAUUGUGGAUGGUAGAUUUCUGUGCAGAUGGCUGGCUUUUUGUGUGUAAAGUUCUUUGGAAGAGAGAGGGAGAGAAAAGCCUUUCGCUCGGUGGAUGGAGGUAUAGGUUAG